AUGGAGCGUGAUGGUCAUCCGGUUAACCGCACUCAAAUCCUGGACAAGGCGGCCGCAAUCCAUGACACCGUACACGGCUUUACAGCACCGACCAAGCCGACGUCAGGCUGGUACCAGAAGUUCCUUGCACGACACGACCAACUCAAGACAAAGAAGUCCAACGUCCUCAGCAAAUCACGACACGGUGUCUACGAGAACGCUGUCACCGCCUUUUACGAGGAGUUGUUUGAUGCCUUGACCCACGUCAACAUGGACCCAAAGCGCGUAUUCAACAUGGACGAGACGAGUUUCUCUCCAUCGAAGGCAGCGACGAAGGUGGUCGUUCAUCGGUCAACGCAGCAUGUCUACGUCGAAGAGUCAACUGCGUCUGCUCACGUCACAAUUGUGGCUUGCGUUGGUGCGGACGGAUCAAAGAUCCCGCCUCUGUUUAUCCUCCCUGGCGAUCGUGUUACGACUGGCGCAUGUGACAGCCUUGUGAUACCGGGUGCAACGGUGACGACAUCUGAGAAGGGUUGGUCGAACUCAUACAUCUGUCGAAAGUGGCUUACCAUGCUCGACUCUGCGAUACCUGCGUCAACACCGCGACCAAUCCUGCUGAUUUUAGAUGGAUGUUUCUCGCAUUACUCCACCUACAUCUACGAUGAAGCGGCGCGUGUGAGCAUUUUGCUGGUGUUCUUGCCAGCGAACUCGACUCAUAUGUUCCAGCCGUUGGACGUGACGGUGUUUCGCCCGUUCAAGCAAGCCAUCCGUCGGGAGAUUGCCAACAACAUGUGGAACGACGUAGCGACGAGCAUCAACAAGCAACACGCGAUUUCGAUCGCGUGUCUUUUACACUGCAACCAUCGCGAGCCAACCAUGAUGACAUCGACUGGCAACGACACCGCACAGGUGCCAGUACCAGACAACAUGCAAUGCUGUGUGUCUGUGAAAGUCGGUCGACCUCAGGCUAAUAGCAGAACAACAGUUGGAGACCCUGUCGUGCUCACGAUAAGGACGACUGACACGUUCAACGUCAUAACAGCAAAGAUGUUCGACAUUGUUGCGGGAUUGGUUGCCGCACACCAUGCUGGCGCCAGCAACGACCGUCUCCUGUGGGGUGCUCAAACUCCAUGGGAGACAUACGUUAAAGUUGCUUUGAAUGCCCCACAGAGCAAAUACGUUGCGUUGACGGACGAAAACUACCACGACAUGAUCCCCAAUGUGUGGGACAACGCUGGCAAGACCUGCACUGACCAGGGGUCAUUCACCCUGCAAUUUAUGCGUACUUUGGUACGAUUGACGCAAUAA